UAUCGACUUAAUUCUCUAUAUUAAUGUCAAAGAAUCAUUUCGGUUAUGGCUAAUUGGGGGAGUACAAGUUAAGCAACGCAAUGUACAAUAAACACAUUUAUUAUACAGCAUUUGCUGAGUUAGCCUGUCUGUCACUCAUAGAUAAAACAAGAGCACACCAUCAUUUCUAGAGAGAGAGAGAGCGUCAGUGAGAUCACACAAGGAUUGAGUAAGUGAGAGAGCGGUAUGGGAAAAUCAACUCCGGCGUGUUUCAGGAUCAUCGGCUGCGGCGGCGAUUCUGUCGACCAUGACGAUCUCCAUACUCCCGAAAGCAAGGCCUCUAGUGAUAGGCGUGGGUGGAGUUUCCGGAAGAGAUCUGCAAGACAUCGUGUGCUGAGUAACAGUGUUACAUCAGAAGCACCUGCAUUGACCAACAAGGAAAGUCAAGAAUCUAUUUCUGUCAACUGCCAAGUGCAGCCUGAUCUGACUAUUACAGAGAAGACCACAGACGUUCAGCAGAAAGAAGAAAAGACCACAGUAGUUCAUCAGAAAGAAGAGAUUACUAGAGAAAUUCUUCAGACAGAAGAGAAUACUAAAGAAAUUCUUCAGAAAGAAGAGAAGUCCACAGAUAUUCUGCAGAAAGAAGAGAAUACUAGAGAAAUUCUUCAGAAAGAAGAGAAAGAAGAGGACACCACAGAAACUGAGCAGAAAGAAGAGAAGACCAUAGAAAUUCUGCAGGAAGAAGAGAGGGCGGCCACAGAUGUUCUGCAGAAAGAAGAGAAGACCGCAGAAAUUGUGCAAAAAGAACAGAAGACUACUGAAAUUCUGCAGAAAGAAGAGAGGAUUGAGUUGCCUUGCCUUGUCAGUCAAGCAUCCAGAGAGAAUGACUUGGGAGCAGAUGCACCUCCUGAUGAGCACCGUAUUAUUUUAAUCCAGACUGCUGUUAGGGGGCUGCUGGCUCGACAAGAUCUGUUGAAGCAAAAAAGUGCAACCAAAUUGCAAGCUGUUGUCAGAGGACACAUAGUUCGCAGCCAUGCAGUGGGAACUCUUCGGUGUGUACAAGCCAUCAUUAAAAUGCAAGCUCUUGUUAGAGAACGCCAUGCCCGUUUACAGAAUAAGAAAGAAGCCAAAGCAAGUCAGCCACACACUUACGUAUCCAUUGAGAAGCUACUUAGUAAUGCCUUUGCUCGUCAGCUCAUGGAAGCUUCACCAAGGACCAAAUCUACGAACAUCAAGUGUGACCCCUCAAAAUCUGACUCAGCUUGGACAUGGCUGGAGAGAUGGAUGUCUGUUUCAUCAGUGAGCAUUGAAGAGACACAUGAGACUGAAGCAGUGGUGGAGCAAGAAAAGGAUAAUCUUGGACAUCCUGGUCGCAACGAAGAGUACCCUUCAGUUCAAAUAAUUCCUUUGUCAGCAGAUUCUGAAUCUUGUUUGAAUGCAUCAGAUGAUGUUUCCAAUGAUAACAAGAUGACAAAAUAUGAUGCAAGCGUCUUAGACGUCCAUCUGCAUAAUAGUGAUCAAUCAGAUCCAAAAUGUGAGAUACAAGAAUCUUCUCCCGCUGAGAUAAAAAAUACAGAUUUGGUUGAUGUUAUGGAAGAGUCACAAAAUGAGGAAGUACAAAAUGAGGUGAUGGAGGUGGAUUAUUUUCUCAAAAAAGAGGAAACAGGAAUUGCUCAGGAAGCACCUGAUUGCGAAAAGUUUUCCAGCAUGCAACCUGAAACAGAGGUGAAACUUAUUUCAAGAAAGGCAAUUAAUCCUGCUUUCAUUGCUGCACAGUCUAAAUUUGAAGAACUGAGCUUGGCUGCCCCAUCUGCAAAAUUAGACACUUCCUCAGGUCAGGAUCCUGGAGUUGAAUCUAGUUUGGACAAGGUUUCUUCUGCAAAUCAAGAUCAACUAUUCAGGUCUGGGGACAAAGACAGUGGAUUAGUUGGCAACCUCACUUUCAAUGCUUCCACAGUUCAAAUAGGUAGCUCUGAGUGUGGGACUGAACUUUCCACUUCUUUGAUCCUAGAUUCACCAGAUAGGGCUGAAGAAGUUGGAGCCAAUGAAAGUGAAACAAAAACUAAAGUUUCAGAUGCAACUUAUGCUGUUCCUUCAUGUAAUAGCAAAACUAAGUUGGAAAGGAAUGAAAGUGUUGACUCAGUUUCUGGUGAAUCUCAUAAUUCUUGCAUACCUGCAAAUACACCACAGCUGGAUAAGCCAGCGGAUCUGAGCCAUCAAGAGGUAAAGCCAGAAUCUGAAACAAGCCACCAGUUGAAUACAUUAUCAUCUGAAGCUUCUCCCAGAAAAAAUGAAGCAACCCCUGAACUUGUUGCAACACCUUCCAGCCAAGGGUCUGUCAAAAGGAAAAAAAAUAAAGGUGAAAAAAGUCAGUCUAAUCGCAAGAGUAAGCCUUCAUUAGAUGAUAAAAAGGCCUCCAAUCAUACUCCAGACUCUGCUUCUAGAAGUAGCUUGGACCAGUUACAGGAGCAUAAAUCAGGAAAGAGGCGAAACUCCUCUGGUUCAGCAAAACCCGAUCAUAAGGAGCAGGAUCCAAGAGAUAGUAGUAGCAGGAAUUCUCUGCCAAGCUACAUGCAAGCGACUGAAUCUGCAAGAGCCAAGACUACAGCAAAUGGCUCUCCAAGAUCAAGUCCUGAUGUCCAUGGCAAGGAAAUCUACAUAAAGAAGAGACACUCACUACCUGGUACUGAUGAAAGGCAAGGAUCUCCUCGUAUUCAUCGUUCACUGUCACAAACACAACAGAACACAAAGGGAAAUGCAAGCCAUUCUCCUCAAGAUCGGAAGUGGCGACGGUGAAUUCAGAUAUUUUGGCUGAUGGGGAUAUGUCGGACCUGUCCAAUAACUAUCUUUAACUUGGGUUGCUUUGAGAGAUCUGUUACUUUGUUUGGAUGCACACUGUGAAGAAUAUAUAGGUUUGUAAUAAUCCCAACUGGAGAGAGAUAGAGACACUGAGAUUACAUGUAACUUACCAGAUUGCUGUUUCUCUUUCUUUGAUUUGCCUUUUUUCUGAUUUUCUUUCACUUCUGUUUUCUUUCUUUUUUUUCUUGCCAAAAACUUGUGGAGUAAUAGGUUUGGGCGACGCUGUUUAUUUAUUUGGCUUGAUUUUCUAUAAUAUUAUUUUCUACUGGUCUAUACUGUUA